GACGUCAUCGGUCAGCGACAUGGAAGCCGUAUUUGUUUACCCCGUUCUGCACGUACAUGAAUGCAAGAAAUACUAGAUUUUAGGACAACUUAGACGCUUUUCAAUCUUUUUUUCUCUUUUUUAAGUAACUGUUAACUGUGUUGGUACGUGUUUUUUUACUUUGAGGGCUGCAAUUUGCGUUUUGUAUGGCGUACCUGGCAAACUACACGUUACUAUCAUUAUAAAUUGUCCAUUUUCUUCAAGUUUCGUAUGAAUUCAACAUGAGCGGCGGCUUAGCACCGAGCAAAAGCACUGUAUAUGUGUCAAACCUGCCAUUUUCUCUCACCAACAAUGACCUCCACAAGCUGUUUACCAAGUAUGGAAAAGUGGUUAAGGUUACAAUUGUGAAGGAUAAAGACACUCACAAAAGCAAAGGAGUGGCGUUCGUUCUAUUCCUGGACAGAGACUCGGCUCAUAACUGUGCAAGAGCAGUGAACAACAAGCAAUUGUUUGGCAGAACUGUAAAAGCCAGUAUUGCACUCGACAACGGCCGAGCGACAGAGUUUAUCAGGAGGCGCAACUACACAGACAAGAGCAGGUGUUAUGAAUGUGGGGACACAGGUCAUAUGAGCUAUGCAUGUCCCAAGAAUAUGCUGGGAGAGCGAGAGCCGCCAAAGAAGAAGGAAAAGAAAAAGAAGAAAAAAGCUCAGCAACUUGAACAUGUUGAAGAAGAGGAACUGGAAAGUGAAGAAGAAGGAGAAGAUCCUGCACUUGACAGUCUGAGUCAAGCCAUAGCUUUUCAGCAAGCGCGUAUUGACGAAGAAGAGAAGCAAAGAAAAAGCACGGCUAUGUCCCAGGAUGACAGCCCUCAUCCUUCGUCCUCCUCAGACUCCAGGAAAGUACGGAUCAAAAAGAGCGCAUACUUCAGCGAUGAAGAAGAGCUUAGUGACUAAAGCGAACCUUUUGCUCGCUUGUACAUACAUUUGUUGUAAAUAAAAACAUGUUGUUAUGUGUUCUUGGA